AUGGCCAACGAGUCUCUCGCAAGGGGAGGCUGUCCCAUCCCAUUCUACUCUGCGAGCUUGUUUCCAAUCGACGAAGGGUUUAUCGAAGGCCGGCUAUGCCAAAACUUGACCGCGACCUUACAGUGUUGCUUGCCCUGCCCGCUUACGGACUGGGUCUACCCGGAUUACUUCAACACUCUGACAACGGCAGCCAACUGGGUCUGCGUCGCUAGCGCAGCAUGCUGUCUCUUCCUCCUGAUAUCAUGGGCUUUUCUGCCUGUUGAUAAAACCUACAGACACUACCUCAGCAUUUGCUUGACAAUAGCUGUGUUCAUCAUGAACCUUGGCUUCGUCGUGCCACUUGCUGAUCAACCGGAGCAAUGCUACAACGACAUCACACCGCACAGCAUGAAGUCUAGCAAAGUCUGUGGUGCCUCUGGGGCCUUUCUCUUGCUCGGAGGCUGGGCCGGUGUCAUGUGGGUCUUCUUGCGAUCGUUGUCCCUGCAUCUCCAGAUUUGUUGGCAAGUUGUCGUGGGCCGCAACUUUAUGAUUUUUGCCCAAGCUACGGGCUGGGGCAUCCCGCUUGUUGGCAUCGUCGUUGCCCUCGUCUUCAGUGGCGUGUCGUUCCGAUUCGGCGCUACUUGUCACAUCAACCACAAGAACAGUCUUGCCGAUUUCUGGAUACCUCUGCUGGUAUUCGCCGGUCUCACGGUCAUCAUCCAAUUCGCCACUUUCGGAUAUUGUAUCAAGGUCUAUCUUGCUUCCCUAGCGGAUAACAGUGCGUCGACAGAAGGGUCGAGCUUGCCCACAUACAGCAAUAGCAUCCAGACCAUGAGCCCCCGUCAAGCAUACCGCCGAGUGCGACGUGUCAUUUCUCUCCAAUGGCGAGGUAUUGCUAUUGUUCUCAUCAUCAUUGCCGACGUCAUCUUCUUCUCUGUCGUCUUCGUGUUCCAGGACAACACGGUCCAGGCAGUACAUGACGACGAGAGCAUAGCCCAGGCUUGGAUUCUCUGUCUUGUCAGCACCAAAGGUGACAGGACGAAGUGUUUGGACAAGGCUAAGAACAUGGUUGUCAACGAGGCAACUAUUACGGCGGUCCUCAUCCUUCUGGCGAUGAAUGGUAUCUGGCUGCUCUUCCUACUGGGUCGCUGGGCCAUGGUCCUUGGCUGGGUGGACCUUUUCACCUCCUGCCUAGGCAGAAACAAAAAGGAGUUCGUAUCGGUGGAUGCCAGAUACGAUGUCAAGAAAGACACACGUGCGUACGAGAUGCUGUCCAGAGACUCGAGCGCUGUUGUAACACCAAUCUCUCCAGUCAAAUCCCCCAUCGUAAGUCCCAACAGCGAACGACGAAGAACGCCGGAUUACUUUGGGCAGACCGCUCGCUAUCAGCCGCCGAUGCGGUCGUUCUCGAGUCCUCGACCGCCGCAAACACCUCCCACCUGGGACGCGCGAGCAACUUACGCUCGGCCCGAAUCACGAUCCCGAGGGGACGGCUUCGAUGACAUGAACCCACUUGGGAUGAACCGUAUAUAA